CCUCGGUGCGCUACCCCCGGCUCGGCUCCCGCGCAGGAUGCGGCUGCUGCUGGCGCUCCUGGUCCUCGCCGCCGCCCCGCCCCAGGCCCGCGCAGCGUCGCACUGGUGCUACCAGAUUCAAGCCAAGCCCUCCAACUACACCUGCCUGGGGCCAGACGAGUGGGAAGGCAGCUGCCAGAACAACCGUCAGUCCCCCAUCAAUAUUGUCACAGCCAAGACUCAGCUGGACCCAAACCUGGGGCGCUUCUCCUUCUCUGGCUACAACACGAAGCACCGGUGGGUCGUGCAAAACAACGGGCAUACAGUGAUGGUGUCGUUGGGGGACAUGGCCUCGAUCACUGGAGGAGGACUGAGCACCCGGUACCGAGCCAAGCAGCUACACCUGCACUGGUCCAAGGCGAUGGAUCGGGGCUCGGAGCACACCUUCAACGGGGAGCACUUUGCCAUGGAGAUGCACAUAGUGCACGAGAAAGAGAAGGGGCUAUCCAGGAACGCGAGCCAGAACCAGUUCGCCGAAGAUGAGGUCGCGGUGCUGGCCUUCAUGGUGGAGGACGGAUCCAAGAAUGUAAACUUCCAGCCCCUGGUGGAGGCACUGUCUGACAUCCCCAGACCCAAUAUGAACACCACAAUGAAAAGUAGCGUCAGCCUCUUUGACCUGCUCCCUGAGGAGGAGAGUCUGAGGCACUACUUCCGCUACCUGGGCUCGCUCACCACACCGACCUGCGACGAGAAGGUGGUCUGGACCGUGUUCCAGAAGCCAGUACAGCUCCACAGGGACCAGAUCUUGGCCUUCUCCCAGAAGCUGUUCUAUGACCACGAGCAGAGAGUGAAUAUGACGGACAAUGUCAGGCCCGUGCAGAGCCUGGGCCAGCGCCAGGUUUUCAGGUCCGGGGCCCCAGGACUGCUGCUGUCCCAGCCGCUGCCCACCCUGUUGGCCCCCGCGCUCGCCUUCCUGAUGGUGAGCUUCCUCCGGUGACCCUUCCCUCCUGGACACUUGACCUCUGGUCUCAGCCCUUAAGAGGGCUUGGCCUCUGUCCCUCAGGCUUCUCAGAUUGGACUAUGAUGGUGAU